AGAUCUUCACUGAAUGUCCAUCCUGCUCUGUUGAGGUGCAUCAUCAAGAGAACUGACGCAAUUCAAAAUAACGCCUGAUACUCUUAAAAAAAAGUUCAUCUAUAUGUGGGCUUUCAUCUUAUUUGUCAUCAGUGUGGAGGUGGGUGGAGAAGUUGAUGAUGUUGAAUCAGUUACAGUGAUGGAGGGUAGUGUCCUCAGACUACAUUCAGGAGUUGUUGAAUUAAAGGGGAACGUACAAAUAUUGUGGACGGCUGAAAGUGCUCGUAUUGCACAGAUGUAUAAUGGGAAAAUUUACACCCAUUAUGAUGAGAGAUUCACUUGCAGAGUGCAGCUGGUACAACAGACUGGAACUUUAACUAUCUCAAACAUCAGAACCAAUGAAUCUGGAAUUUAUAAAGCAUUAAUUGUUAAUAAUAAACAGAUUGCAACAAGGGAGUACAAAGUGAAUGUAUAUGCAACUGUCUCUGUACCUGCCAUCAGUAGCAGCUCAUUGGAUAGUGUGCACCAAUCUUCAGUUACAUUACAGGAAAAGUUGGAGCUCUGCUCUAUGCUCUGCUCUGUUAGAAAUGAUCGAGACGUGUUCAUCUCUUGGUAUAAAGAAGGUGAAAUGUUGAAUCAGACCAGAAGUUCAGAUCUCAGCAUCAACCUCAGUCUACCGUUACACCUCCAUUAUAAUGAUACACAGAACUACAGCUGCACAGCUGCAAAUCCAGUCAACAAUAAGACCAUCUAUCUUGACAUGAAACACUUCUGCCCACAUUAUGAUGAUUGUCAGCAGUAUUGUGGUGAUACUGAGGUUGCGGUUCGAUUGGUUCUGUCUGGUCUGGUGGGAAUUGCCACUGUUGUCUUUCUGGUUGAGCACAUGAGGUUCUGCUCUACUCAGGGAAGGGUUUGUUCCUCUGUGUGCUGAUGUUACGUUCUGCAGCCAUCACAACGUGGAAUUACUUUGAUAUUGAUGCAGGUUUGCAGCAAGAUAAAUUGCAGAUUUAUCCGCUUUUACAGAUAACUUGCAUCCUAAAAAGAAUAGCCAAUAAUAUUGUAUAAUUAAUAGAUUGUUUUCCUUGAUGUAUUAUUGUAGCAACAUGAUUAAAUUAAUUUAGUAGUCUUUUUGGUUCUGUUGUAUUUUUGUGAACCACUUUCCAUUUGUUGUUUGUUUUUGUUCAUUUGUGCUCUAAAAUGUCAUAUUAUUUAAUAUAUCACAAUCACAAUAUUGGUACUACUUAUAUGAUCUUUUACUAUUUACACAACACAUGCCAGUAGAGCACUUCUAAUGGACCUUAUUCACGCUUGCGCCAUCCUUGAUUUUUAAUGGGAAUGACAAUGAGGCUGUGAGGGACAGACAUACCAUCUUUUCAAUGGCACGAAUAGUACAAAGCUGUAUAAAGUUCCUAGAUCACAUCUGAUUUUCCACAACUCAUGUUGUCUGGAGUUGUUUGUAUACUGAAUGUUCUUGGACAGAUAUUUUAUCAAUGUUUUGUCUGCGGAACGAUUCAAAAACACUUUAAACUGCAGUACAGCCCACUGAAGAUACUUCAAGUCUAUCCCUCACAACCUCAUUGUCAUUCCCAUUAAAAAUCAAAGAUGGCGCAAGCAUGAAUAAGGUGUAUACACAAAACAGUAGUCCGAAGACACGUAAUGUGUACAUCUGUAUGCAUGAGGCUAUAGAUUCAACCAGUUAUCAACAUUUUAAGAGAGGAUGGAAUUCUUUUCAAGUUUUUUUUUAUUUAUUUUUUACCUGCAAUAUUUGCAGGUGUACUUUUUUGGAAUUUUUACCAUUUGGAAUUUGGAAUUAUUGAUGUUGGUUUUCUAAAAAUAGAAUAAAAACAUUCUACCAGAAACGUACAUUAUCUGUCCUGGAAUUGUUACAGUGAACAAAACAGUGAACAAUCCAAAACUGACUAGAUGGUUGAUUUCUGUGAGUUGUUCUGUAAAGGAAUUUGUCAUUCAUUAGGUUCUCAGAUGUUUUUGUCUUUAUUAAAAAUACUUUUUAAAAAUACAAAUCCUGAAAUAUGGACUGUACUCAGCCAAAUU